UCACUACACACCACAAGAUUUUCAUAUUCAUAGAAUCUUAACCCAUACAUAAAGUCCAUUUCUUUAAAAAGACCCUUUCCCCUUCUCUUUUCCCUAUAAAGUCCAUAAACACCCCUUCAUUUUCAAGAUUUCUUCACCACCCCCACCACUCUUUUUUCUGAUUUUUUUCUCUAGAAAUUGUUACUAAUUCUACUAAUUCCAUUCUUAGUCACUACACACCACACGAUUUCAUAUUCAGAGAAUCUAUCCCAUACAUAAUCUUUCUGUCCUUUUCUUUUAAAAGACCCUAUUUUCCCCAUAAAGCCAUAAACACCCCUUCAUUUUCAAGAUUUCUACAAACCCCAACUUCACAUGUUUUAGCCCUAAAUCUCCUCUUUUCUUUCCUUACCAAUCUUCUAGCCUACAAAUCAAACAUACCCAUUAACCCCUUACCCCCAAUACACAUUAAAGGUGAAACCUUUAUCUCUUUUUCUUGUCAACAAUUAUUCAAUUCUUGAUUCUUGAUUUUGCAAUUAGAAAUAUAGCCAUUGCAUACCCAUGUUUUUUCCCCAUAAAGCCAUAAACACCCCUCCAUUUUCAAAAUUUAUCACCAACCCCACAACUCUUUUUCUCAUUUCUUUUCACUUUUUUCUCUUUACCUUUCCUAUAUAUACCCCUUUCCUACUUUCUUGCUUCACCUCACUUCACUUCUUUUAGCCCUAAAUCUCCUCUUUAUCUCUCUAUACCAAUGUUCUAGCCUACAAUACACAUUAAAGUUGAAACCUUUAAUCUUUUCUCUUGAUUCUUGAUUUUGCAAUUUAAAAAAAAUGGCCAUUGCAUACCCACAUUUCUUUGUGUCUGAAAAAAAGGCCAAAACUUUGAACCCAUCAUUGUUAAUUUCUCCAACACCAUCACCUUCAAUUUUAUCUCAAGAUGAAUUAAAAAAAAUAGCAGCAUAUAAAGCUGUUGAAUUUGUUGAAUCAGGUAUGGUUUUAGGUCUUGGUACAGGUUCAACAGCCAAACAUGCUGUUGAUAGAAUAGCAGAAUUAUUAAAUCUUGGUAAAUUAAACAACAUUAUAGGUAUACCAACAUCAAGUAUUACACAUGAACAAGCUGUUAAAUUAGGUAUACCUUUAUCAGAUUUGAAUAAACAUCCUAUUGUUGAUUUAGCUAUUGAUGGUGCUGAUGAAGUGGACUCACAAAUGAAUUUAAUUAAAGGUAGAGGUGGUUCCUUAUUAAGAGAAAAAAUGGUUGAAGCUGCUAGUAAAAAAUUUAUUGUUAUUGUUGAUGAGUCAAAAUUGGUUAAUCAUUUAGGUGGUACUGGUCUUGCUAUGCCUGUUGAGAUUGUACCAUUUUGUUGGGAAUUUACUUUGAAAAGAUUGGAAAUGUUGUUUAUUGAAGCUGGUUGUGUUGGGAAGUUGAGGGUAAAUGUGGAAAGUGGUGAACCUUAUGUUACUGAUAAUGGGAAUUAUAUUAUUGAUUUGUAUUUCAAGAGUGACAUGGGUGAUUUGAAAGCUGCUAGUGAUGCAAUUUUGAGGCUUGCUGGUGUUGUUGAACAUGGGAUGUUUCUCGAUAUGGCGACGACUGUGAUUGUUGCUGGAAAGCUUGGCGUAUCCGUGACUAAUAAGUAGUAUUAAGGUUAAUGUUGUUUUAGGAACCUUAGUUUUCUAUUUUUUGACUAGGAUAUGUUGGGGGUAUUGAUAUCUUGCUGAACUAUUUAUGUGGCAAGGACAAUUUUUUUUUUUUUGCAAUAACUUAUAUAUUGAAUUAUUUGGGGUAUUUGCCUCAACUUUUGGAAAAUUUCAUGAUAGUUACUACUUA